AUGGAGGACUCGUGUCGAAAAGAGAACACGCCCACGACCAACCCAGAAAGCUCCACCACAUCAGCGGCCGGACAGCCAGCACGUGAUUCCAAGAAGAGACGUUCCCAUAGAUUUCUGUCCGUGCUUCGUCGUGUGAGCAGCGAGUGGAACUGUCUUCUCCACAAACUCAAACUGGCGUCGCAGACUGGCCACUCUGACGGAGAAGCACUUGAUUCGCUCUUCGAGUCUAGCGACGACGACUUUUUUGAACGGAUCCCCCGCCUCAAAAAGUGCUGCAGUGCCACCAGCCCAGAAGCCCGUUUUCUAGAGGACUUUAAGAAGUACAAGCUGCUCGAGGAAUACCACCGGGGCACGCAUACAGGCACAAGCGCAGGUUCUCUUUCGGAAAUGGCGCCGUCCGUCGAGAGCCCGCACGUGCCUUUGUAUAGGGCGUUGGAUGUUCUGCGGUUGAGGCAAGGGUGCGCAGGAGAACCAGACCUGGAGUCUCUGCCGGCCCGAACGCAUGAGCUCGAGCUCACCUCACAAGAGGCCGUUCUCAAGGACCAAAUCUUGUCACGCGACGAAAACUUGGGCAACGCCCUCUGGGAAAUACGACGUGCGCGGUGGCUCAUUCCCGACGACGAGUGUGAGGAUGUCGAGCAGAAGGUCGAGCAACGGGCAGCAGGGCUGGCAGUGAAGCAAAUCUCGCAAGACGCGUAUCCUCAAGUAUACAAGGACUUUGUGGUGAAUGCGCGGCCGUUGAAAACGGGCAAGCGCAUCAAUCUCGAGGACAUGGUGGUGGUCAUUCACGCGGGCUGGGUGCACGAAAAAGUGUGGGAAUCUGCAAGCAAGGGCCUCGGCUGA